AAGCCCAAAACAAUCUCAAUAGUUUCUCUAGUCUCCACAUUUGUCGCGUUAGCUUUCGAACAUCUUCUUCCUCUUCGUCUUCUCAACCUCCAUAUUCGAUCUCCGGAGCUAAACCAGUUGCAGUUGCAGACACAAAUCAUACAUAUUCGAUUCGAAAUCGGUGAGAGAUGUGGCGCUGCGUGUCGCGUGGACUUCGCAUUGGUUCCAAGAGAUCCAUCUCCGGCGACUCCCAUUUCCAGCGCCUUUUCUCUACUCAGGCUAAUGUGGGAGGGUCAUCCUAUACGGUAGUGGAUCACACAUAUGAUGCAGUGGUGGUAGGUGCAGGAGGUGCAGGGCUUAGAGCAGCAAUUGGGUUGUCUGAGCAUGGAUUCAACACUGCUUGUAUUACCAAGCUCUUUCCAACUCGUUCUCACACGGUUGCUGCUCAGGGUGGUAUAAAUGCUGCACUAGGAAAUAUGACUGAGGAUGAUUGGAGGUGGCACAUGUAUGAUACUGUUAAAGGAAGCGAUUGGCUAGGUGAUCAGGAUGCUAUUCAGUAUAUGUGUAGAGAAGCUCCAAAAGCAGUCAUAGAGCUUGAGAACUAUGGGCUGCCAUUCUCUCGAACUGAAGAUGGGAAAAUAUAUCAACGUGCAUUUGGUGGCCAAAGUCUAAAUUUUGGAAAAGGCGGACAAGCAUAUCGCUGUGCCUGUGCUGCUGAUCGGACUGGACAUGCUUUGUUGCAUACUCUCUAUGGGCAGGCUAUGAAACAUAAUACGCAGUUCUUUGUGGAAUAUUUUGCUUUGGAUUUAAUAAUGAAUAAAGAUGGAAGCUGCCAAGGUGUAAUUGCUCUAAAUAUGGAGGAUGGUACACUACAUCGCUUCCGUGCUGCUUCUACAAUUUUGGCCACAGGGGGAUAUGGCCGAGCGUAUUUCUCUGCAACCUCAGCUCAUACUUGCACAGGAGAUGGGAAUGCUAUGGUUGCACGUGCUGGGCUUCCUCUCCAGGACCUUGAGUUUGUGCAAUUCCAUCCAACUGGUAUAUAUGGAGCUGGUUGUCUAAUUACUGAAGGGUCUCGUGGUGAAGGUGGGAUUCUCAGGAAUAGUGAAGGUGAGCGAUUUAUGGAACGGUAUGCACCAACAGCCAAGGAUCUUGCAUCUAGGGAUGUUGUUUCAAGGUCUAUGACAAUGGAAAUUCGAGAAGGGCGUGGUGUCGGACCACUAAAGGACCAUAUCUACCUCCACUUGAACCAUUUACCUCCGGAAGUCCUUAAAGAAAGGCUUCCUGGUAUCUCUGAAACUGCUGCCAUUUUUGCUGGUGUAGAUGUCACAAAGGAGCCAAUUCCUGUUUUACCUACUGUGCAUUAUAAUAUGGGUGGGAUUCCAACAAAUCACCAUGGAGAGGUGGUGACUAUCAAAGGUAAUGAUCCUGAUGCUGUAGUUCCUGGCCUAAUGGCUGCUGGAGAAGCUGCCUGUGCAUCAGUUCAUGGUGCUAACAGGCUCGGAGCAAAUUCUCUUCUUGACAUUGUUGUUUUUGGUCGGGCAUGUGCAAACCGGGUUGCAGAAAUCCAAAGGCCAGGAGAGAAACAGAAACCUUUGGAGAAGGAUGCUGGAGAGAAGACUAUUGCAUGGUUGGACAAGCUUAGAAAUUCAAAUGGUUCAUUGCCCACUUCAAACAUUCGAUUGAACAUGCAACGAGUAAUGCAAAACAAUGCAGCUGUUUUCCGCACACAAGAGACUUUAGAGGAAGGUUGUAAGUUAAUUGACAAGGCAUGGGAGAGCUUCCACGACGUGAAGCUGAAAGAUCGCAGUUUGAUAUGGAAUUCAGAUCUUAUAGAGACUGUUGAGUUGGAAAACCUGUUGAUUAAUGCUUGUAUCACAAUGCACUCUGCUGAAGCUAGAAAAGAGAGCAGAGGCGCUCAUGCUCGUGAAGAUUUUACAAAAAGAGAUGACGAGAAGUGGAUGAAACACACAUUAGGAUACUGGGAGAAUGAGAAAGUAAAGCUGGACUACAGGCCAGUUCACAUGAACACAUUGGACGAUGAAAUUGAGUCAUUUCCACCUAAGGCACGCGUGUAUUAAUCAAUUUACUCAAAAAGCUGUGGCUCAAGAAAACUAAUUUAUCCAGUGUCUUUAACGUCGCAAUAAGUCUCCAAUGGAGAAAUUUUGUGAAUAAUUAUUGGUCAUCUGUCCUAUGAUCUGAUGCAUAACUUGAAACUGUGCAUAAACUUUGGAGGCAUUAGUGUUGCUUUCUGUAUUCCGUAUUCAGUGAGGAAUCAGGCGACUCCAGAGCAUAUUGUACAACUCUCAUUCACUGUAUCUGUAUUUGAUGCUUUUGUGUUUCAUUUCUA